UGGUCAUCACUGGCUGAAAAGUAAAAAGAGAAAACAGCCUUCAACCCCAUUUUAAAGCACAAAACUUGGACCAGAAAAGAAGGAGCUUUUGCACUACAACGAUGACAAUGGAUCAUCGCCGGGAAUGUGAUGGCCAGCCACCAUUUUGUGCUCCAAAUACAACUCCCCAUUUUUUCAAGAUCAUUCUAAACGGCACUUCUAGAGACACCAAACUAAGACUUCCAUACAAAUUUGUGAAGAAAUAUGGAGGAGAGCUAUCACAUUCAGUAUGUCUUAAGGUUCGGGGUGGUUCAAAAUGGGAAGUGGAUGUUACGAGACGGGAUUGUCAGGUUUGGUUUGAAAAGGGUUGGCCAGAGUUCUCUAAUUCUUGCUCCCUUGACCACGGCCACUUUCUGGUUUUCGGAUAUGAAGGGAAUUCUAAAUUCGAUGUUUGCAUAUUUGACAAAACUGCCACAGAAAUUGACUAUCCGAUAACUGUUGAAGAUGGUGAUUCGUCUGGUGAAGUUUUGGAGGACUGUCCAAGGGGUUCAAGGAAUUCAGGGGAUAAAUCUCCACUCCCAGGUUCUCCUCCUUGCAAGAAAAACAGAAAAAGUUCAACUGGCAAACCAGAAAUCAACCCCAAGAUUCAAAUGGAUGAUGAUGAUGAUGAAAACGAAAACGAUGAAAGUGAUGAGAGUAGUGAGGAGGGUGAGGAUGAAGAUAAUCAUGGUAUUAAAAAGGAAACAGCUUUUCAGAGAGCUAAAGCUUAUAAACCCGCAGACCCUCAUUUUGUGGUUGCAAUCAAUCCCUCUUGUACCCGUGGAGGUUAUCUGCAUGUGCCAUCUUUGUUUAGCAAGACAUAUCUUGUUAAGCAGCCUACUCAAAUCAUGCUUCAAACGGUUUCAAACGAGGAACCUUGGUAUAUAGAUAUGCAUUAUCACAAAUCAUCAGGCAGAUUACGGACUGGUUGGCCUAGAUUUGUGAGAAGCAAUAAUUUAUUAGUGGGUGAUGCUUGUGUCUUUGUGUUGAAAGACAACAAUGAAUUUCUAUUUGAUGUUGUAUUUUACCGGGCUACAUAGAGGCUGCUAGUUUCACCUUGUACCCUGCUGGUAAGUACUCUGUUAGUUUAUGAAUAUGUGCGCCGCUCCACUUGUUCCUGUGGAUCUUUCCUUUUGGCUGCCGGGAGAGGCUAACCACCAUGGCAUUAAUUCAAGACGAAAAAGUUAAACGAGAAGCUAGAUGGAUUCAAUGUACUGAUGUGUUUAUAUUCUGCUUCUAAUUUGUCGUCUUAAUCACCUUCGAAAGACAUUAAUCUAGCUAUGAUAUCCCUAAUGUAUUGAAUUCAAUGUCAUCUUGAACAGUACAUUUGAAAAGGCAUUAUCUGGGAGAUCUGUGUGCUUUUUAGCCAAAUUUGACAGUCUCCUUUCAUUGUCAACAUCAUCUUUAGUUCAUUGUACGUGGUAACAUUCAACUAAAUAUCGAACUUUUUGUGUUAGUGGUAUGAAUUUAGAAGUCCUCUCCCUGAAUGGCAAUGUGCCCUUGGUACAGAGGAAGACUCAAAAGUUGUCUGGUAUCCAACUUGGAUCCAGUUCUUAGUUUUAGUUAAUGAUCUGUC